AUGUCAUCUUUCAAGAAACCCAUACCGCAGAAUUUUCAGAAGUGGGGGGAUGUUUUGCAUAUACCCAACCCUUUACAGACUUCUGGUGCAGUCGACGAGGUUGAGUUGGUAGAAGUGAGUUCCUCGGUCGUCGUUGGACUUGUCAAUUUGGAUGCGGUCUUCGAAUCCCACUCAGAGAGUUUACUCAAAAUACUUACCGCUAUGGAUGACCGUUUGGCUCUAUCCGCAGUUGGGCUGGGGAACAACCCCUCUGUAAGGUUCGUAGAGGGUCAAUUGCCAGAGAGAUUGGUGGCGGUAGUGGUGGGUUUGGCAGAGCAAACGGUGAUGGUCAUGCGGCGUCGUGAACGCGCCCAGCGAUCGAAGACCGCAUGUCGCAGCUGCAAGUGGGUUCAAUGGUCCCUAAUCCACCCAGAGCUCUUCUAA